AUGGAUCGGGCCCGCCUUGACCCCUACACUAGUCAAGCAGAGAAUAAGUCUGUCACUCUGUCUGAGAAAAUCAACUGGUGCGUGGCAAAGACGGGGAUGCUUGUUACUCGCAAUGCUGAAGGGAACCUGCAUUCACGUGCCAUGAACCCGGUGAACUCGUUGGGCAAGGGACAAUUGAAUCUCGUUUUCCUCGCCAAUAACGUAUCUGUAAAGUUCGAGGAAAUUGAAAACGAUUCCCAUGUCAACGUCUCGUUCUUUGAUUCCUCUACGACGAGCUGGGUCUCGUACGCGGGAAGAGCUCGAGUCUCUCAAGAUAGGGAUGUUAUCUGCAAACAUUGGUCAAUGUCUGUUGCGGGCUAUAUCGGCAAUUUACAAGAUGGUGUUCAUACAGGCGACGAGAACGAUCCUCGAGUGUCUGCCAUCGAAGUAGUUCCGGAUGAGAUUCGCUAUUGGUACACAGAGAAAGGCGCACUAGCCGGUGCAGUAACCGGAAAAGCAACGUCGCCAGGCGAACUGCAUACUAUCACGAAAGAAGAAUCACACUGUAGUGAAACGGACAUAUGUAAGUCCGUUUAUAGUAAGCACAUGUCGUGUACGCUGUAUCAGUCGUGA